AAGAUGCCGAUCGCGCUGGACAACAAGCGACGCCACGAUGGCAAAUCGGGGAAUUUACCCAUUAGUCUCUUUCGCUGCUGCCUGACCUGGUUCCAAAUGCCUAGCUUAUGUGGCGCCUUUUUUUCCCCCUCAUACCUGGCCAUGACGCUACAGACUAGGCACCUACUUGCUACUAUAAAUCGAAUCUCCGACUGCUAUGAACCCAAGUAAUGACCACACACACCAUGGCCAAUCACGAGAGCUUCGAAAGCUUGAGGACGCAUGACACGAACCGAGGUUGAAUACCAAUCUCUUGCUUUUUCACGUUGUCCUCGCCCAUCGGAGCUGCUUACAACGCACUUCGAAUCGAGAGGUUAUUCUAAACUAUAUCUGACCAGGAAACACAGUGGCCGAGUCCUCGAGUACUUCUACAGUGACAAGAAAAAUAAUAAAAUCGCAUCUCAAGCCAUUUGGCGAUAUUGACCACCUAGCUAGGUAGUUUGUAUUGUAGGGGAUAUUCUGCUGUAU